AUGCACUUGUGCAUUCGUAUUCUUUACGGCAAUAUUCUUUGCAAAAAUGCCACCGAAAAGAACAACUCCUCAUGGAGUUCGUCCAGCGGAGCGCGACCGCCAACGGCACCUAAAGAGGCUUACCAUCCGCCUAAAGCUUUAAUGGAAUCUCCACCAGCGGCUCCGUACGUGUUUCGAUUUAUGCAGAUAGUGAACGUCUAA